UCUCUGGCCGCCCAGCCGUUCACCAUGGCGGCUGCCGUGGAAGUGAACGGGAGCACUAGUUGCAGCGGGAGCAGCGACACCUCGAGCACCGGGGAGGAGGAGAGGAUGAGGCGCCUUUUUCAGACCUGUGACGGGGACGGGGACGGUUAUAUCAGCAGGAAUGAUUUAUUGAUGGUUUGUCGCCAGCUGAACAUGGAGGAGUCUGUGGCUGAGAUUAUGCAUCAGCUCGGAUCAGAUGAGAGCGGCAAGAUCUCCUUCCAAGACUUCACUAGGUGUCGAAUGCAGCUUGUGCGUGAAAUUCGAAAAGAGGAAGUGGAGUUGUGCGCCGAUUCGUGCAAAAACAAAAAGUUUGCAGACCGAAUCCUGUCCUGGCCGGCUGGAAGUGAAAACGGCCUAGGUGCCUUAUCUACAGCUAGAGAGAGUUGGGAGUAUGACUCGGGAGCACGAGACCUCCAGAGCCCUGAGCCACCCAAUCAUUCAAUCAUGCAGAAAUUUCUGGAAUUCGGAGGCAAAUCUAGCAGUCAAGCAGCACUUCAAAGGCUCCUUUCUCAAACCUCAUGUCUUACCAACAAUGUCGGGGGAAGCUACCUAGAACUGGCAAAUACACUCCAUUUAGCAGCCCUGGCUUCUUUAAAAGGAGAUAUAGUGGAGCUAAACAAACGUCUUCAACUGACAGAGCGGGAGCGGGACGUUCUGGAGAAGAAGCUUGCCAAGUCACAGUGUGAACAGUCCCACCUGAUGAGAGAGCAUGAGGAUGUUCAGGAAAGGACGACUCUCCGCUACGAGGAGCGGAUCACAGAGCUACACAGCAUCAUCGCAGAAUUAAACAAGAAGAUUGACCGGCUGCAGGGGAGCACUAUAAGGGAGGAGGAUGAAUACUCGGAGCUGCCCUCAGAGCACAGUCACAGCCAGCUUGAAACCAACGAUGACACCCGUAGCAUUGACCAGGACCAAGAGAACCAGUCCACUAUGGUCACGGUUGACAUGGACACCUGCAGUGACCUGAACUCGGAGCUGCAGAGAGUGCUCACCGGCCUGGAGAACGUGGUGUGCGGGAGGAAGAAGAGCAGCUGCAGUCUGUCUGUAGCCGAGGUGGACAGACACAUCGAGCAGCUCACCACGGCCAGUGAGCACUGCGACCUCGCCAUUAAGACGGUAGAAGAAAUUGAAGGAGUCUUGGGUCGAGAACUCUACCCGAACCUUGCAGAAGAGCGUUCACGCUGGGAAAAAGAACUGGCGGGUCUGCGGGAAGAGAACGAGAGCCUCACCGCCAUGCUAUGCAGUAAGGAGGAAGACCUUAACCGGGCCAAGUCCACCAUGAACGCAAUACGUGAAGAGAGGGAUAGACUACGCCGAAGGGUGCGUGAAUUGCAAACACGACUGCAAAGUGUCCAAGCGACGGGUCCUUCUAGUCCUGGUCGGCUCACUUCAGCCAGCCGGCCGGUCAACCCCAGUACAGGGGAGCUGAGUACCAGCAGCAGCAGCAACGACAUUCCCAUCGCUAAGAUUGCGGAACGGGUGAAACUGUCAAAGACUAGGUCUGAAUCGUCCUCGUCGGAGAGGCCUAUCCUAGGAUCUGAAAUAAGCAGCAUUGGGGUGUCCAGCAGUGUGGCCGAGCAUUUGGCACAUUCCCUGCAAGACUGCUCCAACAUUCAAGAGAUUUUCCAAACUUUGUACUCUCAUGGCUCGGCCAUCUCAGAGAGCAAGAUCCGAGAAUUUGAGGUGGAGACAGAGAGAUUAAACAGUCGAAUUGAGCACUUAAAAUCGCAGAAUGAUUUGUUGACGAUAACCCUGGAGGAGUGUAAGAGCAACGCGGAGAGAAUGAGCCUGCUGGUGGGGAAAUAUGAAUCCAACGCUACGGCCCUCAGACUCGCCCUGCAGUACAGUGAGCAGUGUAUAGAAGCAUACGAAUUACUGCUGGCUCUGGCGGAAAGCGAACAGUCCCUCAUUCUUGGCCAGUUCCGAGCUGCGGGAGUUGGAUCAGUAGCCGAGCAAUCAGGAGAUGAAAACAUCACUCAGAUGUUGAAGCGGGCACACGACUGCCGGAAGACGGCAGAAAACGCGGCCAAGGCCUUGCUCAUGAAACUGGAGGGCAGCUGUGGAGGAGCCUUUGCCGUCACGGGGUGCAGUGUCCAGCCCUGGGAGAGCCUGUCCUCCAACAGCCAUACCAGUACGACAAGUUCCACGGCCAGCAGCUGUGACACGGAGUUUUCAAAAGAGGAUGAGCAGAGGUUGAAGGAUUAUAUCCAGCAGCUGAAGAAUGACCGAGCAGCGGUUAAACUCACCAUGCUGGAGCUGGAGAGCAUCCAUAUUGAUCCUCUGAGCUACGAUGUCAAACCUCGUGGGGACAACCAGAGGCUAGACCUGGAGAAUGCGGUCCUAAUGCAAGAGCUGAUGGCAAUGAAGGAGGAGAUGGCUGAACUCAAGGCCCAGCUGUACCUUCUGGAGAAGGAGAAGAAAGCCCUUGAGCUGAAGCUGAGCACACGAGAUGCCCAGGAACAGGCGUAUCUGGUGCACAUUGAGCACCUCAAGUCCGAAGUUGAAGAGCAGAAGGAGCAGCGCAUGAGGUCCAUCAGCUCCACCAGCAGUAGCGGCAAAGACAAGCUGGGAAAGGAUUCUACUGAAGGAUCGGCCUUGUCUUUGUCAGACCUAAGAACCUACAACGACAGUGAACUCGCCUCGGAACUCACUGGUGCACUCAGAAGGGAGAAGAAGCUUAAGUCUCGUGCUCAGGAGUUGGUGAGCGCCUUAGAAAGACUCACCAAGAGCAGUGAAGUGCGGCACCAGCAAUCUGCAGAGUUUGUCAAUGAUUUAAAACGAGCUAACAGUAACCUUGUUGCAGCUUAUGAAAAAGCCAAGAAGAAGCACCAGAACAAGCUGAAGAAGCUAGAGUCCCAGAUGAUGGCCAUGGUGGAGCGCCAUGAGACACAAGUACGGAUGCUGAAGCAGAGAAUAGCUUUACUAGAGGAAGAGAACUCGAGGCCACACACCAAUGAGACGUCACUGUGAACCCUGCAAACAUAUUAUUUGUGCCAUUGCAGGCAUUCCUAUGAAGCCAAGUCUGCACUACAGACAUGUCCGUAACACAGACCAGCGGCUCGUCAUCUCUCGUCUGGCCGCUCGCUCUAACUUGUGGUCAGAUGGCUAGAUGGUUCUCUCUAUUCUUAGUACUGUAGAGGGAAGCAAUAUUUAACAUGCGGGCUUCUCUAAGCAGAGGACUUCAUCUAGGGCAGCAUCCGCUUUACAUGCGCGAGACACUGGUAUGUGCCAAAACACUUGGAUAACUCCUCGCGCCGGAGGCAUCAUGGAAACAUGUUUGUGGCUCCAGGGGGAAGAUGCAUCUUUUUGCUUCACAUUUGUAAGAACUUUUCAAAGACUCUGAGGUGCGGUUCCAAAAUGACUACCAGCAAAACACAAACUGGGGUGUUAAUAAUCUCCAGCGACCUGUACCAAUACAUCGCAAUGCCUUCUCUGCUCGCCAGAUAGGUGCUCACAAAACCCACACCGCUCAGCUUUAAUAAGACACAGAAAGGGUUAACUGUUUCUGUUUAGUACACUGUGAGUAAAAUUGCUUGGAUUUUCCAUUUUUAAUGGGGAUUGUCAAACUAAAUAGCCUAUUUUUUUAAUGUGUUUUCUUUUUCUAAUGUGUACCGUUGUACAGCAUCUCGAUGUACCCUUGGCUUCUGCUCUCACAGAACGUUCUUUCCUGCCGCUUUUUACUAAAAGGGAAAACAUACAAACCAGCCUAGGUGGUGAUGUGGGCCGUGCCAUACUUAUAGCUUUAUAUGUGGGUACCAUUGAGUAGA